GGGGCGGGGCUCUCGCUCUCUCUGCGCUUCGCUCGCAAGAUGGCGGAGGCGACCAACUGCACCAUGGAGAAUUUUGUAGCCACGCUGGCUAAUGGGAUGAGCCUGCAGACUGCGAUAGAAGAUGUGUCCUGCCCCCAGGCUGAGAGCAGCAUGAAGCCCACGGCCGAGGAGAUGACAUCCAAGGAUUAUUACUUCGACUCCUACGCCCACUUCGGCAUCCACGAGGAGAUGCUGAAGGACGAGGUUCGCACUCUGACCUACAGAAACUCCAUGUUCCACAACCGGCACCUCUUCAAGGACAAGGUGGUUCUGGACGUGGGCAGCGGCACUGGGAUUCUCUGCAUGUUCGCGGCCAAGGCGGGCGCCAAGCGGGUCAUUGGGAUCGAGUGCUCCAGCAUCUCCGACUACGCCGUCAAAAUCGUCAAAGCCAACAAGCUGGACCAUGUGGUGUCCAUCAUCAAGGGCAAGGUGGAGGAGGUGGAGCUGCCGGUGGAGAAAGUCGACAUCAUCAUCAGCGAGUGGAUGGGCUACUGCCUCUUCUACGAGUCCAUGCUCAACACCGUCAUCUACGCCCGCGACAAGUGGCUGACCCCCGAUGGACUCAUCUUCCCUGACCGGGCCACCCUGUAUGUUACGGCCAUUGAGGACCGGCAGUACAAGGACUACAAGAUCCACUGGUGGGAGAACGUCUUAACGGCUGUUCGACCGUCCUGCAAUCAAGGACAUAGAAAACGCAACGAACAUACAACCACGCCUCGUGGCCGUAUUCAACAUCGAGUUCACACCGCUGCACAUAAGCGCACUGGCUUGCUCCACCAAUGUAACGCAGCCUGGGAGUCUGAAGCGGAAGCUGCAUCGACCCACACCACUGGAAGCAGAACGGUAUUCACAUGGAAGGACUACCUGACGUGAAGUACGGCGGAGGAGAUCUUCGGCACCAUCAGCAGAAAAGCCCAACGCCAAAGAACCAACCGGGACCUGGACUUCACCAUCGACCUGGACUUCAAGGGCCAGCUGUGUGAACUGUCCUGCUCCACGGAUUACCGCAUGCGCUAGCCCCCCCAUGUCCCCCCCACCCCCCCAUCACGCUGUGUGUCCCCCCCCGGGCGGGGUCAGAGCCACGGGCACCCAGGGCCCUUCUCACAGCCAGGGGGGCACAGAGCUGCCACUGACUCCCCCCUCCCUGCGUGGCCCUCGAGGGAGGGGGUGAUUAUCUCCCUCUGCCCUGGGGCCCUCCCACCCCUCCCUCCCGUCUGCUUUUAAACCAGCGACCCCCCCCCAGUAACUAAGUACCUCACUGGCCCCCCUUUCCUGCCCUGGGACACCCAUGGGGGCUCUGGGGCCCAGCUGAGUCCCUCUGCUCCAGUGGUGGUGGUGGGGGGGCUGUCCUGUUUUUUAGCUGGGGGGCAGGUUGGGAGGGCUAUGGGGAGGGUUCCCAGUUUGUGUUUUGCUGACGGUUCUGGUCCCCCACCCCUUUACCCCCUCCCGGUUGACACAUUGUGACUGUUUCAUAAGUUAUGUUUUUAUAUGGCUACAUUCAUGAGAAAAUAAAGAGAUGAAACGGGGCCCCUGGCUGCCUGGGCAGGGUGGAGGGGGGCCCAAACCG